AUUCGGUGUUUAAGGACAUCGUCGUUUGUAAUGUACGCCUCUUUCGCUUUCGAUUAUUCGACGACCGUCUUUAUAAACAAUUUGAACAAGAAAAUCUAACGUUACUUCUGGAGUUUUACCAAAGAUUGUCAACAUAUAAGGAAUUAGGUUCUUGUCCUGAGGGGAAAUGCAGGCCAUGAGUAACAUAGCACCCAUUCCACUGGUUCCAGAGCAGUGUGCUGUUCUGAGACAUUGUAGAGAUGCAUUUUGCAAAGCUGUUGAGACAAAAUUUGGUUGCACGGCUAUUAUUCACAAUCUGGAUGACUCUGACUCCUCUGGUAGUAAUGCAAGUAAUUUUUCAGCUCCUGAAUUGAGGUACUUCAAAAAGCUAUCCAAAGGAGUGAAAGUUUCAGUCUGGAAAGAUGAUCUAACACGUCAUAAGGUGGAUGCUGUGGUCAAUGCUGCUAAUGAAGGGCUUAAUCAUGGAGCGGGUCUUGCGCUAGCAUUAUGUGAAGCUGGGGGACCAAUGAUCCAGAUGUGGAGUGAUAAAAUUAUAGGAAAACAGGGAAAAGUGCCAACUGGUACAGCUGUUUCCACUCCUGCUGGAAAUCUCCCAUGUAAAAACAUCAUACACGCUGUGGGACCCCAUCUACCCUCAAAUCCAACCAAAUGGGAUGUUGAACGAUUCGCUCCCAUCUUGCAUAAAACAAUUAAGAGCAUCCUAGAUGUAGUUGAACUUGGAAAGCUAUCAUCUGUUGCAAUUCCUGCUAUAAGUUCUGGCCUUUUUAAUUUCCCCAGACAUCUCUGUGCAAAUAUUAUUGUACAAAAUGUACAAGACUAUAAUGACCGUAAUAGAUUCAAUGGCAGGGUUGUUGAAAUUAAUCUUGUAAAUAAUGAUGAACCCACUGUCCAAGAAAUGGAAAGAGCCUGUAAGGAGAUUCUUGGAGCGCCCAAUAUCACAGGCUCAUACAGUGGAGCUGUGACAAGCAGAGACCAAAGUUUCACUUCAGGCAACAGUUUCCAGUUUGGAAAUGUAACACUGCACAUCACAAAGGGGUUAAUUGAGGAGCAAAUGGUUGAUGUAAUUGUGAAUACAAUCUCCGAUAACUUGGAUUUGUCCAUGGGGCUUGUUUCGAAAGCUAUUUUCGAGAAAGCUGGCCAAAAAAUUCAAGAGGAGCUUUACAAAAAUAAGAAACACUUUGUUGCAAGUGGUGACGUUUUUGUAACUAAAGGACAUAGCUUGAAUUGUGCUGCAGUCUAUCACACUGUAUGCACAUUAAGGUCUGGGUCUGGAGCCAAACAGAUUCUCUACGAAGUGGUCUUAAAUUGUUUGAUGAAAGCUGUAUCUGCACACAAGUCCAUUUCCUUCCCAGCUAUUGGUACUGGAAAUCUGGGCUUUCAUAAACAGGAGGUUGCCGAAAUCAUGGUGAAAGCUGUGGCAGAAUUUGCCAAUAAGAACUCCAGAAAGAAACUCGACAUAAACUUUGUUGUGUUCCCAAAAGAUAUUGAAAUGAUGGAGGCUUUCAAAAACAAGCUUGAUGGCGUGAAAGGACAGAUGAAGUUUGACAGUGCCAUGCCACAAAGUUCUGCUUUUGCAACCAAUGAAUCCAAAAGAAAUGAAACACCGACUCUUGAGAUCAGCAGUGUCUCCAAGGAAGCUCUCAGAGAGGCACAAGCAUGGAUAAUGAAUAUGUUGGGCCCACGAAAUGGCACAAUAACUAUUAUGAAUAACUAUGUCAUUUAUUUUGGCCAAAAAGACCAUGAAAACCUGCUGUCGCUUCAAACAUUGCUUGGUGUACACAUCACAGUUUUCUUCAAGAAUGGUAACGGUGGCAUAAUUAUCACUGGAGAACCCAUCCCUGUCAGCUGUGGAGCUAUUGAAGUGGAAUCCAUGCUUUGUCAGGCCCAAAAAGACUUUGCUUUAGAUGAAGAGAGCGAUCUUCUGUAUUCUGUGGUUCGCUGGCAGUGUAAAGCUGCUCCAUGGCCACCGAAAGUCAAUGCAGCUUUGGAGAAAUCCUAUCUGGCACGGAACAAAGAAAUUGAGUUGGAUGACUAUAAUAUCAAAGUCAACCUUAAGAGCAAGUUUGUGGUUGACAUCUUUGGAAAGACAAGCAGCGUGGAAAGGACAUGCAUGUUUAAGGAUUACAACCCUUUUCAUCUAGACAGCAAUUCAUUUUAUGCAAGAACUCCUGUGGAUGGGAAAGAUUUUUGGGAAAUGGAAAGGAAAGUCAAAGACUGUGGACUAUGUACCAUCAGGGUGGAGAAAAUCGAGAAUGCUGCCCUGCAGCAGAUUUUUGAGCUGAACAGGAUGCGAAUAAAAGAUAAACCGGAGCAUCUGUACCAGUGCGUGUCAGCUCAGUUCUGUGAUCUCAUCUGCAGAGUUGGCUUUCACAAAGAUUUCGCACCACCUGCAGAGCAAAAGGAUGGAAGUGGUAUAUACUUCAGCAGUAGACUGGACCGGGCGUUGAAGCUAUGGAACAGACAGAACGAAGAGUACAUCUACAUCAUUCAGGCUCAAGUUCUCACUGGAAAAUCAGUGAUUGGUUCACCAGAUUUUAUUUUGCCCCCUGUCAUGGGUUCUGACCCUUUGAAACGCUUUGACAGCUUGACUGACAAAGAAAACACUCAUGUGAUCUUCAAUGGUCAACAAGCUCUUCCACAAUACCUGAUUAUAUGUGGAAAACCAACCCUUUCAGCUGUGUAGCUUUAGAUAUUUGUUAAUGAGUUUUGUUCGAGGAACAUGCAAUAACAAAACAUUUCACAGUAAAUCAGGAGAAAAUGCUUUACAUCUUUAAACAAUUUCAGUGAGGUAAAUAAAGAAAAUAGAUCUUUGCACUUAAAUAGUCUAAAUCACUUAUUUAAUGAGAUUAUCUAAUAAGCAAUCAUAAUUGACUAGUUCAUUCUUUAAAACAUGUUUAACCUAGACGUGUCCUUCUCUUAAUUUCUUAUGAUUCCUUUCAGCUGUGGAUAUUUUCGUUGUAUUUAUUGAGUAAUGGGAUAUGUGAUAUAUACUGGUGUUAAAUUAGUGAAAAGCUUUUUGUUUUCAAACUGUUUAGGAUAAAGUUAAAUCACUAAAUUGAUAAAGACAAAAUGAUUCUAAUACUAUAUUUUUGUGGUUUGACAAAAUAAUUAAAUAAAUGCCCACUAAAACCAA